GCAGAUAGGAAGAUAUUCAUCCAGCAGCUCGAAGAUCAUGGAUGUUACCUGCAACAAACAAUCAAAAUUGACACAUCAUUGUCCCAUGAUGAUGUCACCACCCAUCUUCAUUCUUGGUUCCCCAAAGUCUUUGAACAUUUUGAUGCACAUCGUGAGCAGGCUAAUACUGCUUCCCAGACUCAACCUGACUGGCAACUUCUUGUUCUGAAUAAUGGGAAACUUGAGCUCUCCACAGCCAUCUGCCCAAAUGGUAUUGUUCUUGCUCAUUUCAAGGGACGUCAGAAGGCAAGUAUAGCUGAUAGUAACUUG